AUGGUGCUGAUUACAUUGAAAGGUGCACCUGAUUUUAUUUUAUCACGUUGUUCAACGUACAAAACCGACUGUGACGAAGACACGUUGCCGAUGACCGAUGAAUUUCGAACUAUCCUUCAACAACGACAAGAAACAUUAGGUGAAUCAGGAUAUAGAGUGAUAGCGAUGAUUCAACAAAAACUGACCAAACGGCGAUACGAUGCUAUGAUGGAGUCGUACAGGGCAGGCAAAAGCCAUCCCCAAUCACCCGAAGAGUCAUCGUCUAGCGUACUCGACUUGAAUGGAUUACCAGCAGAUAACUAUUGCUUCAUUGGUAUGUUUGCACUGCUUGAUCCAGCGCGUCUGGAAGUACCCGAAGCUGUGCUCAAAGCACGCCAUGCUCAUAUUCGUGUUGCUAUGGUUACUGGCGACCAUCCGACGACAGCAGCGGCGAUUGCCAAGAAGGUCAAUAUUUUUACCAAAGAAGUCAGUAUUGAUGGUGGUAUUGACAAAUUCAAAAUAGAAUACAAUAGUGAAACACAAGAAACUGUAGCCCAUUUUCUACGUAAUACACAUACAUUGCUUGAACGUCAUAUUGUUGAAGAUUUAACAACACCCACCAAUAUAAAAGGCAUCAAAUCAGUUUCGAAUCCGAGGAAAAAGUCGAACAUUUUUAAAAGACUCUGGAACGGUUUUCUCUACUACUUGCGCGAUCCAAACCAAGUCAAAAGUGUGAAAAAACUUGAUAUUAUUCCCUACGGAGUCAUUGUUACCGGUAGUGAUAUGCAUUCAAUGGACGAACAUAUGUGGGAUUGGGUCUUGUCUCAUAGAGAAAUUGUUUUUGCUCGAACAUCGCCAGAACAAAAACUACAGAUUGUUAUGGCAUUUUCCAAACGUGGUGAAGUCGUCGCUGUGACAGGAGACGGAACAAACGAUGCGCCUGCACUUAAACAGGCCGAUUUAGGUGUCGCAAUGGCAGCAGGAACAGAGGUCGCCAAGGAAGCUGGAGAUCUGAUCUUACUAGAUAACAACUUUUCAUCAAUUAUCAGUGCAAUUGAAAUGGGUCGAUUACUAAGUGAUAACUUGAAAAAAGUUGCCAUCUAUCUGCUACCAGGAGGCACAUGGUCUGAAGUAAUUCCUGUACUUGUGAGUACUUGGAUGGGCAUUCCACUUUCAUUAUCUCUUUUUCUUGGUGUUGUUUUCUGCAUGUUUAACGACAUUGUUAAUUCUUUGGCAAUGGUUUCAGAAAAAGCCGAGCAGGAUAUUAUGUCUCGGCCGCCAGCCAUUCGUCAUAAAACUCAUCUGAUUGACUGGAAAUUACUUGUUCACGCUUACUUAAUUAUGGGAAAUAUUGAAUGUUUUACUGCGUUUUUCUGUUUUUUCUGGUAUUAUGCGUCGGAAGGCAUUCCCGUCAGCAGUAUCUUUUUCACCUACGCUAGUUUUGGUACAAAUCCUCCCAUCGAUAAGUCAGCGGAUGAGCUCAAUAGUAUUCUACAAACUGGCCAAUCCAUAUAUUAUGUAUCGUUAUGUAUCAUGCAAAUGUUUAAUCUAAUUUCGACAAGAACACGUUAUGUAUCAUUCUUUAAACAUAAUCCAUUCUUUGGAAAGACGCGUAAUUUAACCAUCUGUAUAGGGGUUGUUUUCUCGACGUCUGUCGGCCUGCUUAUUACACUAGUACCUUGGUUCAACUCAGUAUUUAAAACCAAACCGGUGCCAGUAAAGUAUAUCUGUCCAGCGCUAGGCUUUGGUGUUGGUUUAUUUGUAUUCGAUGAAGUGCGUAAGUUUCUUGUGCGACGUUAUCCGAAAUCAUUUCUGGCUAAAAUCGCUUGGUAA